AUGGACAGCCCCGAACCCGAUACGCCCUUUGCGGCCGUCAGUGCUCAGACGACAAGAGCUGGAAUGCUCUACCAAUCGUACCUGGACAAGUCAACGCCGUACAAGACAUACCGAUGGAUCGGAACUGGCGUUGUCUUCUUGAUGUUUGGCCUGCGCAUUUUCUUCGCUCAAGGCUGGUAUAUCGUCGCAUAUUCUCUCGGCAUUUACCUUCUGAACCUUUUCCUCGCAUUCAUCUCGCCCAAGUUCGAUCCCGGUCUCGAGUCCGCCGAGGACAUGGAGGAGGGCAGUAGUGGUGACCUUCCCACAAAGUCGACCGACGAGUUCAAGCCAUUCGUGCGCCGCCUCCCCGAAUUCAAGUUCUGGCACGCCGCCACUCGCGCAAUCGUCAUUGGUUUCUUGUGUUCAUGGAGCGAGAUCUUCAACUUGCCUGUCUUCUGGCCUGUUCUGGUCGUCUACUGGUUGAUUCUUGUUGUCUUGACCAUGCGCCGCCAGAUCCAGCACAUGCUGAAGUACAAAUAUGUCCCGUGGGACUUUGGCAAGAAGAACUACGCCGGCGCCAAGAACAGCAACUGA